GCCGGGGAAUAGGGUGGGAUUUCCGCCGCUCCUGGGGCGGGCUGGCUGACGGGUCGAGAGAGUGGUUUAUUAUGGAUUCUGCCUGAGGUAAAAUCGGCCCUCCCGGUGCCUCGUUUGGAGCUGCGUUUGCAUUUCAGGAAUUGAAUUAAAAUGCUGCUGUCAAUAGGAAUGCUAAUGCUGUCUGCCACUCAGAUUUACACCAUUCUCACUGUUCAGCUGUUUGCUUUUCUAAAUCUAUUGCCUGUGGAGGCGGACAUUUUAGCAUACAAUUUUGAAAAUACAUCACAGACAUUUGAUGACUUGCCAGCAAGGUUUGGCUACAGGUUGCCCUCAGAAGGCUUAAAGGGUUUCCUGAUAAAUUCAAAACCUGAGAAUGCAUGUGAAGCCAUCACUCCUCCGCCCCUGAAAGACAAUUCUUCCCGUACAUUUAUUGUAUUAAUCAGAAGACUUGAUUGUAACUUUGACAUAAAGGUUUUGAAUGCUCAAAGAGCUGGUUAUAAAGCGGCCAUUGUCCACAAUGUUGAUUCCGAUGAACUCAUUAGUAUGGGAUCUAAAGACAUUGACGUUUUAAAGAAGAUUGACAUUCCAUCUGUCUUUAUUGGUGAAUCAUCUGCGAAUUCCCUUAAAGAAGAAUUCUCAUAUGAGACUGGAGGCCAUAUUGUAUUAAUCCCAGAGUUCAACCUCCCUUUGGAGUACUACCUAAUCCCAUUCCUAAUUAUUGUGGGGAUUUGUCUCAUACUUAUUGUUAUUUUUAUGAUAACAAAAUUUGUCCAGGACCGACACAGAGCAAGAAGGAAUCGGCUUCAAAAAGAUCAGCUGAAGAAGCUUCCAGUACAUAAGUUCAAGAAAGGAGAUGAGUAUGAUGUCUGUGCCAUUUGUCUGGAUGAAUAUGAGGACGGGGAUAAACUCAGAAUCCUUCCCUGCUCUCAUGCUUACCACUGCAAGUGUGUGGAUCCUUGGCUGACUAAAACCAAGAAAACAUGCCCUGUAUGCAAACAGAAAGUGGUCCCUUCUCAGGGUGAUUCGGACUCUGAAACAGACAGCAGUCAGGAAGAGAAUGAAGUCUCUGAGAAUACUCCUUUGCUUAGGCCGCUUACUUCAGUCAGCACUCAAUCUUUUGGGGCACUGUCUGAGUCUUACACCAAUCCAAACAUGACGGAGUCUUCGGACUAUGAGGAGGAAGAUGAGGAGGAAGAUAUCGAUAGUAGCGAUGCCGAGAAUGGAGCAACAGAAGAGAGCAUAGUAGUUCAGCUUCAGCCCAACGCAGAACAAGAUUACAGAGCGGCAAAUACUGUUUGAACUUCAGGACUGCAAACAAAAUAGUGUUACGUGAACUCCUCUGGCCAGAGAACUCUCCUUUAUGUAUGCGUACAUAGGGGAAGCACAUUGUGACCCUCCAGUUGCUUCAGGGUAAGCAGCUAUUCAUAAUAGUGUUCUGUAUAGUUUCGUCUCAUUACAGGUUCUCUUUUUUUAUCUUUGUCUUUUGAAGACAAGCAUUUUAACUGGACUUCACAGCCAUGAGUAACAACACUCCAAUCACUAAGGUAAUGCACACAAAUAGAGACACCACUUCAGCUGUCAGCAUCUGUUUAAAAUGGAGUUAAGCCAAGGUAAAUAGUCCCCCCCCCCACAUAAAGUGUGUAGCAUAUAGACGUGUCUGUGAGAACUUUUCACAGAAAAGCCACCAUUACACAAACAAGAUGGGCCUUCUUUAGUAAUCUAUCGAGAUCAUUUCCCGCAGAAGAGAACAAGACCUUUGUUCUUGACAGAAGCCGCUUUCUCAGCAAUCCAACUGUGCAGUUCAGUGUUGUAAAAUUCAAACUUUAAUUUCGUCAAGAAUUGUCUAGGCCUUAAUCAGAACAACAACGUAUUCAAAUGGCAUACACAACUGACAUAAACUCAGCUAGGGUUUUUUUUUCCCUGUGUGAAGGGGCGGGACCAAAGCCCAAAGGCUAUUCCCAUGUCAUGCCCCAUAUAGAAAACUGAGUUGUAUUGUGUGUUCUUUUCACAAAAUCAUAUACCUCUUUAUGAGGAGCAUGUGGUGAUGCAUUAGUCCACUAAAACUAUGCACAUAGAGAAUCAGACCAAGUAUUGGGUUUGAAAAUGAGUGCUUAUAAAUAUCUAACAGGAUUCUACUCACAGUGUAUCAUGAAAGAAUUAUAUAUAGUUGUAACUAUGUAGAAAGUAACCACACUACUGUAUAAUCAAACUGCAGACAUUUUUUAUAUGGCCUUGUAUAGGGAAGUUUGAAAGACUGUUAAUAAACAUGUUUUCCACUUUAA